GGGAAAGUUCGUGCCACGGACGCUUAGCCGGCGUGCAAGGCGUCGUCCAAUUGCAAAUUGCCACUUGCCACAGUUGCGUGACUCGCAUCCAAGUCCAAGUGCGAGUGUUCAGAUACGCACUACAGCCACUGUAGUGUCAGUGUGUGUGUGCUUGUGUUUGUGUGUUGGAUUGUGUGUAAAACUGUCCAAAUAUUUGCAUAGGCCACACGGAUAAACGUUAACGAGCUGACGGUCAACUGGGUCUCAAAGUUUUUACAGCAUUCGCUGCGGUUAAAUUGCGGUUUGUUUUGCAUAUUUUUCGGGGCGCUCAGCAGGAAAAACAACAGCGAGAGAGCAAUCAAGUUAGUCAACUAUUUGACCAUUUACCCGAUGUGUUGGCCAAAACGUUCAUCAAUAAAUGAAUAAUAGAUAAACCGCAAUUCUGGUCAAGUUUAUGGCCAUUAAAAGUCUACGUCAGUUGGAUAAUAGCCUGAAUGCUUUAGUAGAUACAAAUGUAUCUGAGCUCAAAGUGAAACGUGACUAACGUUAAAUUGCUUUAAAAAUAAAAAGAAAUAAGACCACAACAAAUAGCAGUGGAAGAAAAACAUGAUUUAAAAAUGUUGCAAGUUAAAUAUCGCGCAACGCUGCCGGCAACGUUAAUCAGCGCCCUGCUGCUCUGCGCAUUAAUAAUUCAAACGCAACAGCAACAGAAUGACGCCGCAGCAGCAGCAAUACCGGCAGCGACGCCGGCAGCGACUGCAGCAAAAGCUCAGCGAAUACGCGAACCAAAUGUUAUGGUGAAUAAAGCGUCAGUCGAGACGCGCAAUGCUGUGCGUCGCCUGGCGCGCAGCGUUUUCCAUGUACGCUGGAAUCCCAAUGAGAAAUUCAUUGUUGAGAGUCGCGAGAGUCCGGCUAUUAACUCAUCCAAGCUGGCGCCCCAUCCGCGCUUGAAGGUGUCCAAGAACACCAAGUUGACUCUCAGCCCGAAACUGUAUCUGUGCCACGACAAAUAUGCGGAGCAGUGCCACAAUAAGACAGCCUCCUUUCGCCGCCGCAUUGUGCAGACCUUCGAGCGUUCGAUGAGCGAGGCACUCAACGAAUCCAAUCAUUACUAUGUGGACUAUAAGCCGGUGUUUGGUGACAGUUUCGAGGAGCAGUAUUAUCCCUCCACCUGCCUCGUCAUGGAGGCGGGUGUGCGUGUCUUGCGUCGCACGGAUAAACCGUUUAAUAAGCUACCCUUCGGGCGACUCUUUCCGCGCCAGAAACUCUUUCGCAAUGUGAAGAACAUCAAGACCUGUGCGAUUGUCUCCAGCGCCGGAUCGUUGGCUGGCUCGAAGUUGGGUCGCUUUAUAGAUACACACGAUAUCGUCAUGAGAUUUAAUCACGCACCGACCCGAGGACACGAGGUGGAUGUUGGCAGCAAAACUACAAUACGUGUCGUGAAUUCCCAAGUGGUGACCAAGCCCGAGUUUGAUUUUGCCCAUGCGCCGAUCUUUAGGAAUGUCACGAUCGCCGCCUGGGAUCCAGGCCGUUAUAAUGGCACUCUCGAAGACUGGCUGACCAGCGCCGAUUAUGAUCUGUUCACCAACUAUGAGAUCUACCGGCGACGCUAUCCAAAAUCACGAGCGUUUCUCAUCGAUCCUCAUUCGGUGUGGCGCCUCUGGCAAAGCCUGCAAAUGUUUGCCGGCAAUCGAUCCAUACGUCGUAAUCCACCCAGUUCUGGUUUCAUAGGUUUGGCGCUGUUGCUGCCGCAUUGUCCCCAGGUUGAUUUUGUGGAGUAUGUGCCCUCCACGCGGCUCAAUGGACGCUGCCACUACUACAGCAAAGAGAUGAAUUCCGCAUGCACAUUUGGCUCUUGGCAUCCGCUGGCCGCCGAGAAGCUAAUGGCGCUGGACAUGAAUGUCGCCGACGAUAUGUCCGUCUUCCAGUUUGGCAUAUUGCGCAUUCGACGACCCGAUAAGCUGCUCUGUGGCUUCAACUUCUUCGGUUACUGAUCCCUGAUCCCACCGAGCGAUCAAUGUGCAUUUAAUCAAGCGGUUUUCACACACACACGUUUCAAGUAGCUUAACAAAAAGGAAAAAUGAGAGGC